AUGAUCAAGAUCUUUGCUCCCUUGGCAGCCCUCGUAGCGGCUGCUACUGCCUCUCCCGUCGACUUUGGCCCCUCCACUACCUCGGCCUACUGCACAACCGGUACACCCGUCGUCACUGCCGGCUACACGAUCAACUACGCCCCGGCCGAGCCCACCGUCAUUCAGUCGGGCGUGGGAUACAAGCCGGAGGCUACCUGGGCCAGCCAGCACGUUGCCGCUACCUAUACAUAUGGUGUUCCUGACCCCAAGGAGACUGGCUUUGCCUAUGCCCAGUUCAAGUGUCAAUACACAUGCAACUCUGCUCCUGGAGGCUCGAGCUUUUUUGUCGAGUACAUCGGCGGCCAGGUCGGUUCUUCUUGCACUUGCUACACUGAGCUUCUGUUCCCCGAGACCUUUGUGGCUGGCAACCAGACCAUGGUCGGCGGCUGGAAUGCCAUUUGCGACUAG